AUGUCUCACCCCCCAGGCUUAGAGAAGAACGAUCGCUACGUCGUGCUUGGUCUCAGCCCUGACGCUACGGAUGAUGAAAUCCGUUCAGCUUACAAGAAGCUGGCCCUCAAAUGGCAUCCAGAUCGUCAUACUGUUGACAAGGAGCAUGCUGCACAAAUGUUCAUCGAAGUCAACGCUGCGUACCGAGCAUUGAUGGAUGGUAAAGAGACCAUUCACUCUAAGUUAGCUGAGGAUACAGCAAAGUCAGCCUCAGGGUCUGAUGGGCACAGCACUCAUUCUAGCUCCAAGCAUGAGACGCACUCGAAGUCGUCAGCUGGAAAGGAACAUGAAACGUCUUCUGACACGUCUGCUUCACCAAAGCCAGACUCUGAGUUCGUACGAACUCCAGUCGUGAACACAUUCAUUCUUCCUACAAGAUGGACGAUCAUCAGGCGAGGAGUACAAGUUCUCGCCGCCAUCACGGGAGUGCGCACACCUCGGCGUCGCCUCCAUCUGGUACACACUCUGAGAAGGACAAAGAUACUCACCCACCUUCAUCACACACUCAUUUUAGUGCUACAUCAACUGCUACUCCUGCUGAGUCUGGGACAUCCGUUCGCUCCAAGACAUCUCGUUCACGCGGAAUACUACAAACGUCUCAAACUCCUCCAAGCCUGUGAUCCCGCCGAUUUCGCAACUGCACAAAUCAUCUCGUUUUGGUUUCGGAGAAAGUUGUCCAAGGGGAAGCCCAAGACGCCUAAACGACGUAAGGCUGAAGAUGGAAGUGAUUCCGAAGAUGAAGGAGCACCAGUUUAUGGGUCCCCUCUUCGUCCACUCACAUCACCCCGGGGCUCGUCGAAAGAAUGGAUCUUCCCACUCCCUUUAACGCUAGACGACAUGUACCACGGCACGAAUUUCCGUUUUCGCAUUAUCCGGGAAAUGCUGUCACGCCAAAAGAAGGAGGUCGAAAUUGAAAUCGACAUCCCCCCAGGUUGUCGGAGCGGAACCAGAAUCGUGUGCCCAGGCACUGGACACGAGCGAAAGGACGGAACGUUGCAGGACGUUGUCUUUUUGGUCGAAGAAGUGUCCCAUGAUCGGUUCUCCCGCGUGAAGGACGACCUGUUUCUGGAUAUUUGCGUGCCUUGGGUGGAUUCCUUGGCCGAUCAGGGUGGGGAAUUGUGCGUCGAAGGUAUAAAUGGCGAAGAGAUUAUGUUUUCCUUGCCCUAUCCCCUUCAGGACCAAGCGACCGAAGGCAAAAUUAUUAUCAAAAGGGCCGGUAUGCCUGUCUUCCAUACUGGAAAAACCAAAGGACGGGGCGAUCUUAUCAUCAGGUGGCAGGUCGUCUUCUCGAACCCUUCCAAGUGGCAAUCUUUGAAAAAGGUAUUCCACUUGAAGGCAUGAUCGGAUCAAAUAAGUCUGGAAUUUCUUGGGACUACCUCGGUUUUUGGGACCUAUGGACAUGUUAUGUACAAUAAACUUGUAGAUCUAUGCGUAUGUAUCCUAGCUUUGAAUGAUAUUGUAUACAUUCUACUUGACUUUCAAUGCAU